AUGUAUAUUCAUAAACACAACCUACCUAUGAGUAUUAUGACACAUUUACCCCAACUAAUAAAAUCUGUAUGUAGUGACUCAGAGAUAUAUUGCAUGCAGGCAGUUGAGCAGCUGGCAAGGGAUGUAUAUAAUUACUUUAUGUCAAGUCCUAAGAGGUUAUCAGAGGUGAAGGAAUUCCAAGAUUUUGUGAAGGUUAAGCCACACAAAUUGUUGCAUCCUAGUCAGACUUGCUGGCUGUCCCUUCAGGCUGUAGUGUGUCGGGUUCUAGAACAGUAUGAUGCAUUAAUACUUUAUUUCACUGAUGCUGCACUAUCAGAGAGAAUUGUGGCAGCAGAAGAGAUCUUGCAUUGCUUGAAAGGCCCUUCAAAUAAGCUGACCAUUAUGGAUUGUUACAUAAGAAGGGAUCAUCUACAGAACACUCCAAUUCAAGAUGUUCAGUACAGAAACCCCUCACACUUUCUACCUCUAGAUGAGAUUUACUUGGGAGGUAAAGUAACAGCAGAUAUUGCUCAAAACACUCAUGGCUUGUCUCUGCCAAAUGUGGAGUUUCUAAAGCGUUGUUUAAACUUUCUGGUUGAGAAAAGACUCUGGCAAACCAUUGCGGAGAUGAAAAAAGGAGAUGGAUCACAAAUGUUCCCUCAGUUGUCUUAUUUCAUUUAUUCUGUAUUUGGUCUACCACAUUCAAGUGCAGCUGCUGAAAGAAUCUUUUCAGCAAUUAAAAACAUGAAGACCAAGCAGAGAAAUUCACUUUCCACUAAAACAUUGGUUGCAUUGCUCCAUUCUAGGCGAUACCUGAAAGAAGAUUUUUGUUUUAGUUUCCCUGUAAGUAACGCCCUUCUUCAACGUAUGACCUCUGAUAUGUACUAUGAUUCAGAGUGAUUCAGACAGAUAAUACAGGCUUAAGUUUAACAAACCAAUGCACCAUUUUAGUUUAAAGUUAUGAUCAGUUUUGAAAAGUGUACUAUUUUUUGUUUUCAUUAUUGUUUUAUAAUCUUUCAGAUUAAAAGUGUGUGUCCAGCGUGAAUACAAUUGAAUCUUUCAGUUACCUAUGCCAGUAUCCUAUUGUCCAUACUAUAAGUUAAAAGAAAAUUGUAUUUUUAGCUAUAACUCGAAUUAAAAAAUCAAUGCAAGCAAAACUUUUUGAAAUAGGGGAAAUUUUGUCCAAAAUGGGGAAU